UCAAUAAAAGCACUUUUGUUACACUAUAUAUAGACAUAUUUCGCUCUUCCAUCCUUUUGUGCUUAGCAGCUUAGGAGAAUCCCAUAAUGAAUUACUUCGCCUUUCUCGCAAACAAGCUAGCGCACCUUUGUAAACACUAUUUUCCCAAAAGACCAACCUUCACUACUUCCUACUCCCUCAAAAACUCUAUGUUUCACUACAUAAUUUCUCAUGCAAAACCAUUUUGGCUUCAUCUUACUUAUUUUAUUGUUGUUUCGUUGCUUGGUUACAUGGCUUUAAAGGUCUCAAAACCAAAUACAAAUGCUAACGAUCUUAGCAAUUUUGAUCUAUUUUUCACAUCAGUUUCAGCUUCAACUGUUUCAAGUAUGACAGCACUUGAAAUGGAGGUAUUCUCGAAUGACCAACUUAUAGUCAUGACAAUUUUAAUGAUCCUAGGAGGUGAAGUAUUCACUUCCAUGCUUGGUCUCUUACUCCGAAGGUGCAAAUCUUUGUCAAACGAGAGUAAAAAGAUAGAUAAUACUUCACAACCCACAAUAAAUUCCAUAGAAUUAGGCACAAUUAACCAAAUGCUCCCACUUCCUUCAAAUACAAGGGGUAGUUCUUUUAAUAUUGAGUCCUUUAUUAGUGCUGAUGAUUGGAGUUCAAAGUAUAACAACUCUAUUAAGUGUUUAGGUUAUGUGGUUCUAGGGUACAUAAUUACUAUGCAUUUAGUUGGAUCAACUUUAGUAACCAUGUACAUAAGCUUAACUCCAAGUGCUAGUAAUGUGCUUGAGAGAAAAGGACUUAAUCUACAUACUUUCUCCUUCUUCAUCGUCGUUUCGACGUUUGCUAGUUGUGGUUUUGCCCCUACAAAUGAGAAUAUGAUGGUCUUUAGGAAAAAUCCUGGACUUCUUUUGAUACUCAUGCCUCAAGUAUUUCUAGGAAACAGCUUGUAUCCGCCAUUCCUAAGGUUUGUAAUAUGGGUUUUAGAGAGGUUUACUAAGAGAAAAGAGUUUGAUUACAUGUUAAACAAUUAUCAAGAGUUGAAAUAUGGUCACUUAUUGUCUAGUAAAAAAUGUUGGUAUCUUACUGCCACUACUCUUGCCUUUGUGGUGCUACAAUUUGCGUUGUUUUGUGCUAUGGAAUGGAGCUCUGGAGUUAUGGAGGGAAUGAGUUCAUACCAGAAGAUUGUAGGAUCUUUUUUUCAGACCGCCAACAUAAGGCAUAGUGGAGAAUCUAUUGUUGAUAUCUCCCUACUUUCUGGAGCUGUCUUGGUACUGUUCACUGUUAUGAUGUAUCUUCCAGCGUACACUUCAUUUCUCCCAAUCAACGACAAGCAAGAAGAAGCACUAGAAAAUAAUGCAACGAUGAAAAAGCAGAACAAGAAGAAGAUUGUAGAGAAUAUGCUAUUUUCGCAGCUGUCUUAUCUGGUCAUCUUUGUUAUUGUAAUAUGCAUCACUGAAAGGAAGAGUUUGAAGGAAGACCCCCUCAACUUCAAUGUUCUAAACAUUGUCUUCGAAGUCAUAAGUGCCUAUGGAAAUGUGGGAUUGUCAACGGGCUAUAGCUGUAAACGAAGAUUAAAGAUAGAUGGAAAUUGCGAGGACAAAUUCUAUGGGUUUUGCGGACGAUGGACUAAUGGAGGGAAAUUUACCCUUAUUCUAGUCAUGUUUUUUGGAAGACUCAAGAUAUUCAACAUGCAUGGUGGAAAAGCCUGGACAAUGUUCUGAUUUCCUAUACUAGUAAAUAAUUAACAUGGAUAUCAUUAACUAAUUUCCAUAGUCAUGGAGACCUCUAGACUUGAUGUACAUAUAUAUAUGCGUGUAAACACGAUCGACCCCCAUCCCCUACACUAAAAAAGGAAAAAAGAAAAAAAAAAUUACAUAUAAGUUACCUUCUUGUUAAAAUUUUAGCAUAUUAUCUUGAAUGAAAGUUUAAGAAUAAACGACUAGUAGGCAAUGUGAACAUUAUAUGUGGGUUGCCUUUGUGUAAAUAAUUUUUAUCCUUUUUUAAUUUAGUUGAGGUGUGGUAAAACGUUUACCUGAUCA